AUGAUGAAGCGCGAGGCCAGCAGCGACGACGAAAGUCGCCCAGCCGCCAAACAGGCUCGCCUGUCUUCCAAUGCUCUCUACAGUGAUAACAACCCGCCUCUGAAGAUCAAACCUUCCAUGAAGAGCCAUUUCGAGUGGCUCUGCAGAGAGUUUGGUUGGGCACCUAAUGAGCUCACACGUGAAAAGAUCAUGGAUCUGCUCGGCAUGGAGCCAGGAAGAAACAGCAAUGUCGAGGCAGCACUCUUCGCAUUCGUACAACAUCUCAGCUUUGUCUGGAACGACGAUGCUCUCUUGAUUGGCAGCAAGCAAAUCAACAACAUCAUGAGAACGAUUUGGUACAGACCCCUGGGACCGGGUGCAAGCGUCGGAGAUAGCCUAUGGCUCAACGAACGUGACAAAUUCGAUGGAGGGAAGAUUCACAAGUACUCACCUCGAUUGAAUUGCAACUUGGUCGAUCGUAUCUGGCCUUCCUUCACCACUGCUUUUGACCUUUCGAGUUAUAAGGGUGAUUACAGAUACAUCUCAGGAGUUCACACCAUCUUGCUCACCUUCCCCAAACUACGCAAAUCUUGCGGUGAUCGCGAGCUCCGAGCUUGGGUAGAGGGACGCAUGUCGACCGCGACUGAGCACACCCCACUGAGGAAGUAUGAACUUCCUUUCCUGCCUGAGUCGGUGUGGAUGUCCAAGCCUUUUGGAUCGCUACGCCCACAACCUAUUACCCCCUCGGAAGGCUCGUCUUCUCGCCCCAGCCCUCAAUCGAGCCCUGCCACUACCCGUCGCUCGUCCGUCAGAGAGCUUGAUCGCAUCCAGAACAUCCUCCAAGGUCAGCGCAAACAACUCGGUAGUGCUAGCGGACAACAAGACAAACGCAGUUCGGAGUCCGGAAGACUCAGCAUCUCAGAGUCCGUGGAGAAGUCCCCUGAGCCAUCCGAGACUACCGAAGCUACCUCCCAAGCAUCCACGGAAGUCAUCAAGAACGACGCUCCAGGAUCAGAUCUUCAGUCACCUCCCAUGGGAUAUAUCGACCUGACUACAAACGAUCACGUCAACCAAUUGCUUCAACAGAAUGGCAUCGAGGUCGCACUCGGAACACCAGAUCGUCUUGCACAAGCAAACGUCCAACUCACCGUCACCUUCCCCGCUCGUAUCGCGCAAAAUCAGCCACAGCCUGUGCUGGAGUUCAGCUCUGUCACAUCAGCUGAUUUGGCUCCUAUCUUGCCUUCUGCUCUGGAAUUCAGUUUGGUCACAUCGGUCGACUCGCCUCCUGUUAUGCCUUCUCGUCGUGCUGUACUCGAGGCUCUGUGCGCUUUGGCAAUGAACACUAUGAAUGGCGACACUCAGUGA